GACACCGGCCAGGGCUCGGGCCCGCACGCCGUCCGACCCCGCCGGCCGUGCCAGCACGCCCGGGCGGGCCAGGACGUGGACCACGGCGUCGACCGCGAGCUCGUCGCCUGCGAGGCGCGCCUCUAUCACCGACGCCGUGAGGAGCAUGCAGAACCUGCUCCGGCCCCGCGCCGGCUCGUGCUCCCUCUGCCUGCGGCUCGGCGGCGGCGCCGGCCUUCGGGCGGACGCCAGCGCGGGUCUCUACGCCGUGGUCGCCGUGGGCUUCCGCGGCAGGGGCGCCGGCCAGGAGGGGCGAGGAUGUUCUCGCCGUGGGGCCUGCGGUCGAGCUGCCGUACCACCAGAGGACUCGCUGGUGCUCCGGGUCUUCGACGGGGGCGGCCGCGGGGCGCGGGGGCGCGGCCGCCUGGUCGGCGAAGCGGUGCUGCGGCUCGGGCUCCCGGGGCGGCCCCCGCCCCACUUCCGGGCCGACGCGCAGCUGCUGGACGGGGCGCUGGAGCCAGCGGGCGUCCUGCCGCUGGAGGUGGACUGGCAGGGUCUGGAGUCCGGGGAGGCGGCGGCCAGCUGGUGCCCACAGGUAGCCCCCGCGCGCAUUCAGCGCAACCACCUUUUGGGGGUGCUGGCGGACUUCCUCGACUGCGAGCUGGCGGCCUUCAAGACGUACCGCGUGGCACUUCGGGGCGUCGCGGCCGUCUUUGGGGAGGUCUGGAGCGCGAACCACGACGUAAGGCACGCGAAGAUCUUCGCGGAGGGCGCCCAGGGAGAGGUGCUCCGCGCGUGCAUCCAGUCGGAGCACGCCGCGCUUUACGGCGGCCACGCCGUCGGAAGAGGCGGAGGCCGUGCUCCACGCAUCGGAAAAUAUCUUUCGACAGGCCACGACUUUCUUAAUAUGAUCAAUCGCGGUGUGCAAAGAGGUUUGAUGCGCGUGUUUACGUACGUCAUUCUCGACAGCGGGCUGUUCUUCUCUGAAACGGGCGUCCGAAUGGCGAGGGACGUGCUGAGCAAGCACGCCGUGCACGCGAACGCGGAGCCCAGAGUGCGAUAUGCUGGGACCCUCCGGUGCGCCUUCACGCGAAGCAACGACACGGUCCUCGUCGUGGACAACGACUCAGGGACGUACAGGCCCUGUGGCGAGCACCUCGAUCUGGUGCGGAGGGUACUCGAGGCCAACUUCCCUGGCCUGGCGGUGCUGGCCCUGGACGUCGAGCGGGCCCAGCCCGACGACACGAGGCGGUGGGCCGGCCCCGCGGAGGUGCCGGGCUGCGCGGCGCGCCCCAGCGCCGUCCGGCAAGCUCUGCGGCCGCCGUCUUUGGACCGCCGGGCCGUGGCGCUCCUGGCCGGCAGCGGGCUCUCGUGGUGCCUGCGCGGCGGGGGGGGCUGCCGCGCCGGCGCGGCCGUGCCCUCGCGGCCGCCGGGGGGCCGAGGCCCAGGCUGCGGGGAGGCGGAAACCGCAGCAGAGCUCGGAGCUCACCCGCUCGCCGUGCCACUCGACGCC